ACUGUUGUUCAGAGAGAGUUACUCGUCACCAAGACAGAAUGGUUCAUUCCUGGUUCUGUGUUCUACUCUUACUGAAUACCCUCAUCUACUGUGGUCACUCUCAAGAUCUGCCCAGGGCCUCAGUGAAGAUAGUCUCUCCUCAGGAGCCACUGUACUCAGGAGAGAGAAUCACUCUACAGUGUUACAUACCAGAAAACACAGACUGGACUUAUGUCUGGAAGAGAAACAGCCAACUGUUUCCCAUUGAGACCAGUAAAACCACCACCAUCAUUCUCCCUAACAAUGCUGGUCAGUACCAGUGUCAGGGGAAGAGGACAGAUCAGCCCCAGUCAUCAUAUAUUAGUCCUAAUCACCCUAUCAGUGUUACUGCUCCACCAACAGCCUCAGUGAGUGUCUCUCCUCAAGGUCUCCUCUACGCUGGAGAGACUGUUACUCUGCAGUGUGACAUAUCAAACUACACAGACUGGACAUACUGGUGGUACAGAAAGGAUCAACUACCGAGUCCUGGUUCACCUUCUAAAACCAUCAGCACUCUGUCUGACCAGGUGAGUCAGUACCAGUGUCAUGGGAGAAGAACAGAUCGUCCCCAGUCGUCACAACGCAGUGUUUCCCUCCACAUCAGUGUCACUGAUCAAUCCAAGGCUGUCCUGAGUAUCUCUCCUCAGUGGAUGAACCCUGGAGACUCAGUGACUCUGAACUGUAAAGUUAAAGAGUCGUCUACAGGCUGGAGGUUCUCCUGGUACAAGACUGUUCCCUACAGAGCUGGGUUACCCUCUCUAUUGGACAAGUCCUACUCUGUAGAGACCCUAUCUGGAUAUGGGACUACUGAAGAGUCUUACACUCUGAGUCCUGCUGGUCCUACUGACACAGGAGGAUAUGUGUGUAGAGCUGGGAGAGGAGACCCAGUCUAUUACACAGACUACAGUGAACCUCAGUUUCUCUGGUCAGGAGAUCUGCAGUCUUCAGUGUCUGUCAGAAUAAAUCCCAACAGAACUCAACACUUUACAUCAAAGUCUCUCUCACUGACCUGUGAUCUGAAGGGGAACUCUACUGGAUGGAGACUGAUGAGAUACACAGAGACAGGAGUGGAGUCAGGGUGUUCCCCUAACUGGAGAUCAAUAACAGGGUCCACAUGUACCAUCACCUCCACAGACACAGGGGACAGUGGAGUGUACUGGUGUGAGUCUGGAUCAGGACAGUACAGUAAUGCUGUCAACAUCACAGUGUCUGUUCUACCUUCUGGUUGCUCUACAUCAGUCCUAGUAAGAGUGGUUGGGGGUCUGGUUGUUGCUGCUGUUCUGCUGACCAUCUUGUUCCUGUUGUGUCAAUAUAAAAAAAAGAAAGAUUCCUGUUCUAAUAGACGUUUCUGGCCCGUCCAUCCCCAAGGCACCAACCAAGACCCCCAACAGGACCAAGGAUCUACCCAGGUUCAGUCUCCUGAUGCUGGGUUUACAGGUAACGAUAACAUCUACAACAUGAUGAAUCUAUCAGGCAACAUUGAUAAUGAUUCUGCUGGUGUUUCUGCUGUUGAUGGGUCAGGUGAUGUGACAUAUGCCCAGAUUCAACCAAAGAGGUUGGACAAGAAAGAAAUAGAAAAGCCAGCUGAUCCAAAUGAAAAUAGAGUCCACUCUGAGAUGAAGACAAUGAAAACUACAGCAUCGUCUGGACCUGUUGAUGUAACCUAUGCUGAGAUUGAUCUCAGAAAGAUGAUCAAAACCCAGAAGAAGAAAAAAUCAACAACCCUGCCAGAGUCAGAAUCAGUCUAUUCUCCAGUAAAGACAGCCAGAAUCCAGAGCCCUUGAGGGAGAUGAACACAAUCACAGAAAUGUGACACACACACACAUUAUCACAUUCAUGACGGAUUUGUUUCAAACUGUGCUAUCAACAGAUAUUUCUUUUUAUGUUACUUUUUUAAAUGACAUGGGGUAAUGACAAUGGAUGAUUUAUUUGAUCAUUAAUUCAUUUCUAAUUAAUUUGUAAAUUAAUUGAG